GCUAGUCAUUCAAUUAUACUUAUCUCUCCAAUUUCCCUGGAAGAUAAUUAAACUUAAGAGCAAUCCCCAUGGCUAUCUCCUUCUCCUUCUUCCUCUCCCUCCUUUGCAUCCCUUUCUCCUCCCCCUCAUCAGACGGUCCAGAAAACUUCAUCAUCCACGUGUCCAAAUCACACAAGCCGCCCCUUUUCUCCUCUCACCAUCACUGGUACUCUUCUAUCCUCGCUUCCCUCCCUCCUUCCCCUCACCCCAUCAAGCUCCUCUACACCUACGAACGUGUAAUCAAUGGCUUCUCCGCUCGCCUUACGGCCGCUCAGGCAGAUAAGCUCAGGGGACUUCCCGGAAUCCUUUCAGUGAUUCCGGACCAGGUUCGUCAGAUCCACACUACUCGAACCCCUCACUUUUUAGGCCUUUCCGAUGGUGUUGGUCUUUGGCAAAACUCCUAUUAUGGCGACGGUGUUAUAAUCGGAGUUUUAGAUACCGGAAUAUGGCCGGAACGCCCCAGUUUUACCGACUCCUGGCUGUCUCCUGUUCCUGAUACUUGGAAAGGUAUAUGUGAAACAGGACCUGACUUCCCUGCUUCAGCUUGUAACCGGAAGGUAAUAGGUGCAAGAGCCUUUUACAAAGGCUACCAGUCACAUCUUGGCCAUUCAAUUGAUGAAACGAAAGAAUCCACGUCUCCACGAGACACUGAAGGUCAUGGCACGCAUACUGCCUCAACUGCUGCUGGAUCUGUGGUUUCUAACGCCAGCCUUUUCGGAUUUGCUCGCGGGGAGGCUCGUGGUAUGGCUUCCAAAGCUAGGAUCGCUGCUUACAAAAUCUGUUGGAGUUUCGGUUGUUUUGAUUCCGAUAUACUAGCGGCUAUGGACCAAGCAACUGCAGAUGGUGUUGAUGUGAUUUCUUUAUCUGUGGGAGCCACUGGAUAUGCUCCUCAGUAUGACCAUGAUUCUAUUGCAAUUGGGGCUUUUGGUGCCGCUGCUCAUGGUAUUGUUGUUUCAUGUUCUGCUGGGAAUUCCGGUCCUGGAACGUACACUGCUGUUAACAUUGCGCCUUGGAUCAUAACAGUAGGGGCUUCCACGAUUGACCGGGAAUUUCCAGCAGAUGUGGUUCUCGGUGAUGGUAGGAUUUUCGGUGGGGUUUCGUUGUACUAUGGUCCCCCUUUGCCUGAUUUCAAGCUUCGUUUGGUUUAUGCUGGUGAUGCUGGAAACAGGUAUUGCUAUAUGGGGGGUAUAAGUCCAUCAAAGGUCCAAGGCAAAAUGGUUCUUUGUGACAGGGGAGGGAACGCUAGAGUUGAGAAAGGAGCUGCGGUGAAGCUUGCUGGUGGGCUAGGAAUGAUACAGGCAAACACUGCUGAGAGUGGUGAAGAACUCAUAGCCGAUGCUCAUCUUGUACCGGCCACCAUGGUCGGCGAGAUAGCAGGUAAUAAGAUCCGGGAGUACGUCAAAAAAAGUCCGUUUCCAACAGCUACAAUUUUGUUCCGUGGUACAGUGGUUGGCCCUUCACCACCAGCCCCAAAGGUUGCCGCAUUUUCGAGCCGCGGUCCAAACCAUUUGACUCCGGAAAUUCUCAAGCCCGAUGUCAUUGCCCCUGGUGUUAAUAUCUUGGCAGGAUGGACUGGCUUCGCUGCACCAACAGAUUUGGACAUCGAUCCAAGAAGAGUUGAUUUCAACAUAAUUUCAGGUACUUCAAUGUCAUGCCCUCAUGUAAGUGGAUUGGCUGCUUUGCUUAAAAAGGCAUACCCCAAAUGGUCACCAGCUGCCAUAAAAUCUGCCUUGAUGACAACCGCUUACACUUUAGAUAACUCGGGAAGUACCAUUAAGGAUCUUGCAACCGGAGAAGAAUCAUCACCUUUUGGUCAUGGAGCCGGCCAUGUCGACCCCAACCGAGCUCUUAAUCCGGGAUUGGUGUAUGAUAUCGACAACGACGACUACAUUGCAUUCCUUUGCUCCAUCGGCUACGACUUAAACAGGAUUGCGGUAUUUGUGAGAGGACCUACUGGUUCAGAUAUAUGUGAAGGGAAAUUGGCUACACCGGGAGACCUUAAUUACCCAUCAUUCUCUGUUGUUUUUUAUUCGAAUGAUCAUGUAGUUAAGUAUAAAAGGACUGUGAAGAAUGUCGGAACCUCAGUCGAUGUUGUUUAUACAGCGAAAGUGAAUGCUCCAGCUGGUGUUGAAAUCAAUGUUUCCCCAUGUAAGCUUGAAUUCAGCGGUGAAAACAAAACACUGAGCUAUGAGAUCACAUUUGCAAGUGAUGGCUUGGGGUUGCAUGCUGUUGAUUCCUUGCAAGCAUUCGGGUCGAUCGAGUGGAGUGACGGAGUUCAUCUCGUGAGGAGUCCGAUUGCUGUUAGGUGGGCUCAGGGACUCAAGGAUUCCAUUUGAUUUGCGGAUUCGGUCGGAGAUGGUGUAAAUAAAGUAGGAAUGCCCCUUGUCUACCGUAGCUUAAACGAGGAGGCGCCUGUACCUUUUUUAUCAAUAUGCAUUGGCAAUUUUAUCCUCAUAGAUCCAUGGUUGUAAUGUUGAUAAUUUAUCCAAGGACCAUUCUGAAAUGAAAAUCUUAAGUUAUUUAUUGCCAA